AUGGAAGAAAAAAACGCAGAAAAUAUUACUUUGAUUCUUAAAGAAAUUCAAGAAUUAAAAUCAACUACAUUAAGCAUUUUGCCAAAACUUCAAUCAGAUAUUAAUCAAUUAACUGAAAAUUUUGAGAACUUGGUGGUCGAUGAGAAUAAUAAUGAUUUGAUUAUGAUUUCUAACAACAACGAUGAUUAUAUUGAAGAGGAACCUAUUAAAAAUUAUCCUGAUGAAUCAUUAACAUCUGGUGAUGAAAGCGAAUCCAGAGAUUUUAAAAAAUCUAACCAAAUUGCUGCAAAUAUACCAAGAUCAUUAUCCAAUAGAUUACGAACUCCAUUUCGUCAAAACUUUAGAAUUUCCUCUAAGCUUCAAAAUCGAAGAGGAGAUGCUAUUGGUUCUACUACAACGGAAAACAUGAGUAAACAACAACAAAAACAAAAAUCUUUGCAAGCAAUAACAGCCAACAAUAAACGUGAUAAUCAACGUGAAAAGUUAAAAGAUAAUUGGGAAGUUUCGACAGCUGUGACUACUUUUGAUGAAAUGAAACUUAAACCAGAAGUAUUGAAUGGAAUUCGCGAAUUAAAUAUUGCAAAACCUACACCUUUGCAACAACGAGGAAUAACUGCAUUGCUGACACGUAAAGAUUGCGUAAUUCAAGUUCCACGGUGUGAAGAGCGUGCUUUAACAUAUUUGACUGCUAUCCUUGAACAAAUUGAACCCGAGGAAAAAAUUUGUCAAGCCGUUGUUAUCAUUCAUCUUAAAGAUCUCUGUUAUGUUAUUCAAGAUUUUCUUAGUAUUCUUGGAAAAGAAUUACAACUUUCUUGCUUCACGUGUGUUGGUGGAUUUCCAUUAAGAAAAGACAUCGAAAGAUUAAUGAAUAGUCCACAAAUUAUUAUUGCUACCCCAGGCAGAUUGAUUGAUUUAAUAAGUCAAAGAAGAAUCGAUUUUUCGGGAGUGAAAACGGUAGUGGUCGAAGAUUCUUGUAUCAUGUUCAACAGUACAUUUCGAUCACAAACCUUUGACAUAAUUUUUCGGCUUGCAAGAAGAUAUGAUACUGAUGAUCGUCAAAGAGUUCAGCGUGUCCUAAUGACCACGGCAACAACUUUUACCUUGGCAGACAUUAAAAAUAGAAUUUUACAAGAACCACAUAUUGUUAUUGAUGACUCGUCACAUAUUAAAGAUGGUGGUAAUGAUGAAAUUAGCGGUGAUGACAGUGGUGGAAGUAGUGGUGAAAAUGACGACAUGGAUGAUAAUAGACAAUUAUCGUCAUCUCCAUUACCAUCUUCAUCAAAAACAACAAUGUCUUCAUCUAAUGCAUCAACGUCAAUCAUUAUAUUCUGUGAUAAUAGCGAUCGAGUCAAUUGGUUGUUCAAUAAAUUAGGCAAUUUUCACGAUAAGUUUAAUAUUUUUGCUUUGCAUUUAUCUACAGAACAAUUAGAAAGACACGAAAUUAUCAAAUCGUUCUGGAACAAAAAAUCGACAAAAUCAUCAAUUACAAUUACUUUAGAUUGUUUUGCUUCGGUAUUGGCCUUUUAUCCAGUUAAAUAUUGCAUACAAUUUGAUUUGCCUUUUAAAAAGGAAAACUAUCAAGAUAGAAUAUGUUGUUGCGGCGGAUAUGGAGUAAAAGGAAUUAAUGUUAAUAUCAUUAAUAAACAACAAAUGUACGAUCUUGAUACUUUGGAACGUUAUUAUAAAGUACAAAGUAAUAAAUUACCUAGUAAUGCCGAACCUUUUGGUAUCAUUUGA